GAGGACGUGACGUGGUGCACGUUUCUCCAUGGGCUCUUUGAGCUGAUGGCCGAGAGUUCCGGCGACUCCUUCGCCACGCACCUGCUGUUCGGUACGUCUCGAGUCCUUUCGCUGCUGGAGCGGGCGCUGGAGCCCGCACGCGAGCUCUCCAGGCCCACGAAGAGCUUGGUUGACGCCUUCGCAACCCUCGAGAGCCACAGAGCCAUCCUCUACGGCGACAAGACCCCAGGGGGAGGGAGAUCCUCGGGCUCAUGGUCCAGACCUCGGACUUUGCGAAACGGCAAGUUCGCCCUUCCUCGAAGUCUUUGUUCUCUGGAAGCAGCUAACGCUCCAACUCUCACGCUGCUGUUUAGACUGUUCGACGAGAUCGAGGCCAUUGAUCCGGCCCGUCGAUCCUCAGAUCCAGGAUUAGACGCCCUCGCUCGCGCCGGGCUCGCGAUCAGAGACGAACUCCUUCAUUGGCAGCAGCGGGAAGCAGCAACAAGCAGGUCGAGACCGCUUGCGACGCAGCCUUCCACGCGAUUGGCCGCCGUCCUCAUGCACGCGCUGCUGCUCUACCACAGCAUGAACUUUACCUUCUACUACCCAUGCUGGUCCACGAGGACCGUGCCCCGGCUUACGCAGACGGAAGUCGACGACCACGUCGCGGCCAUCCUGGAUCUGUCCGGGCCGCUUCUCGCGGAUACGGACCUCCCCGCGGUGCUCCUGCUCUUCCCGGUGCGGAUGGCCGGAGUCCAUGCGUCCGCGAACCACGCCCGGGAUAGGGUGCUAGGCACGAUCGGCAAGAUCCGGCACAAGGGCUUCCUCGUUGCGGAUAGGAUCGAGGUGGAUUUGCAGGAGGUUUGGGCGUAUGAGGGGGAAACGCUACAUGAUAUCGAAAUGUAA